GGGCGGGCCCGCUGGGGCCCAGGGCAGGCAGGAGGGCGCCAGGUCGGGCGGAACCAGAGACCUUUCUACCGGGCUGGGAAAAAGAUCCGAAAAUGAAUGAGACACCCCCAAGAGACAGUGCGAGAACCUCAGGCCUACUCAGCGCGGGGUACGCCGGGAGUUGUAGUCCCCUCACGGCGCGGAGCAUGCCGGGAGCCCUUGGCCUCGGGAAGCGGUGCUUCCGCAGUCCCGCCCAGCGCCCAGUCCCUUGCGCAUGUGCCUGGGCUGCGGCGGGGGUCUAUCCUGUCCGUAGGAGCUGGGCCAUGGCAGCAGCCGGCGCCCCGUCGGGCGGAGGGGCUGGGAGCUCCAAGGUGGCGCCCAGCGUGGAUUUCGACCAUAGCUGCUCCGACAGUGUGGAGUACCUGACCCUCAACUUCGGGCCUUUCGAGACAGUGCAUCGGUGGCGCCGCCUGCCGCCCUGUGAUGAGUUCGUAGGGGCCAGGCGCAGCAAACACACCGUGGUUGCCUAUCGGGAUGCCAUCUACGUGUUUGGUGGUGACAAUGGAAAAACAAUGCUGAAUGACCUAUUGAGAUUUGACGUAAAGGAUUGCUCUUGGUGCAGGGCUUUUACCACAGGGACCCCUCCAGCGCCCCGGUAUCACCAUUCAGCAGUAGUCUAUGGGAGCAGCAUGUUUGUGUUUGGUGGCUACACUGGAGAUAUAUAUUCCAAUUCCAAUUUGAAGAAUAAAAAUGAUCUCUUUGAGUAUAAGUUUGCAACUGGCCAGUGGACAGAGUGGAAGACUGAAGGAAGAUUACCAGUUGCAAGGUCAGCUCAUGGUGCAACAGUGUAUAGUGACAAACUGUGGAUCUUUGCAGGAUAUGAUGGAAAUGCACGGUUAAAUGAUAUGUGGACAAUUGGCCUACAGGACAAAGAGCUAACAUGCUGGGAAGAGAUUGAACAGAGUGGUGAGAUCCCGCCUUCCUGCUGUAAUUUUCCUGUGGCUGUUUGCAAAGACAAGAUGUUUGUGUUUUCUGGCCAGAGUGGAGCAAAGAUCACCAAUAAUCUCUUUCAGUUUGAAUUCAAGGAAAAAAUUUGGACACGAAUUCCUACUGAACACUUACUUCGGGGCUCCCCUCCUCCUCCACAGCGAAGAUAUGGUCACACCAUGGUUGCCUUUGAUCGCCACCUCUAUGUGUUUGGUGGUGCUGCAGAUAACACAUUGCCAAAUGAACUACACUGCUAUGAUGUGGACUCUCAGACCUGGGAAGUUAUCCAGCCUAAUCCAGAUAGUGAGGUGGCCCAUCCAGAAGUUUCUGAGAGGGUAGCUGCCCCAGAAGAAGCUCCUUCCUUCUCCUCAGAAGAACGUGGUUUAAAAAAAUCUCGAGAUGUAUUUGGUUUAGAUUUCGGCAUAACAACAGUUAAACAACAGCCCACAGCAGACUCUGAGCUGCCAAGUGGGAGACUCUUCCAUGCUGCAGCUGUCAUCUCAGAUGCCAUGUACAUCUUUGGUGGGACAGUGGACAAUAACAUUAGAAGUGGAGAAAUGUACAGAUUCCAGUUUUCUUGUUACCCAAAAUGCACUUUACAUGAAGAUUAUGGAAGACUGUGGGAAAACAGGCAGUUCAGCGACUUGGAGUUUGUUCUGGGAGAGAAGGAAGACCGAGUCCGGGGACAUGCAGCCAUUGUCACAGCUCGCUGUAAGUGGCUAAGGAAGAAAAUUAUACAGGCAAGGGAGAGAUUGAAACAGAAAUCUAAGCAAGAGAUUGAAGAAGAGGGACAAGCACUGUCCCAGAACGAGGGGAUUUGUGGCGAUGUCAAGCUGUGCUGCCUGCAACCCCUGCUGGAAGUGACAAUCCGAGAAGCUGAAGCUCAGCCCUUUGAGGUGCUCAUGCAAUUCCUGUACACGGAUAAAAUAAAAUACCCACGCAAAGGUCAUGUGCAGGAUGUACUACUUAUCAUGGACGUGUACAAACUAGCCCUGAAUUUCAAGCUCUCGCGACUGGAACAGCUCUGCCUCCAGUAUAUUGAAGCAUCUGUAGAUCUACAGAAUGUGCUCAUUGUGUGUGAAAAUGCUAACAAGCUUCAACUGGAUCAACUAAAGGAACACUGCCUGAACUUUGUGGUUAAAGAGUCACAUUUUAAUCAGGUUAUAAUGAUGAAAGAAUUUGAGCAUCUUUCCUCAUCCCUGAUAGUGGAGAUAGUACGAAGAAAACAGCAGCCUCCUGUUCGAACACAUUCUGAUCAGCCUCUGGAUAUUGGGACACAUCUAGAUCACUUUCCAACCAACAUUCCUGAUGCAAUUCUUCCCCCCAAUGUUUGAGCCACGGUGGAAAGUGUCCAAGGUCAAGCUAUCUCCUCUGAGGAUCUCUGGGUGGAUCUCAGGUUAUAUCUUACUUGCUAUCAAUUAUCUCACUUUCCUUCCCCCACACAGGAUGAGCACAAGCAAUGUCUAUAACAUUGCUUGAGGAAGUGUCUUUGGUUAACAUUCGUAAAACAGCUACGUGGACUUCCAGCCAUAUGGUCGCGAGUCAUUAUGCUUUAGUAGAAGAUUGCUAUGGGGCAUGCUAUAGGGCAACGGUCCUUCAUGCAACUCUGCCACCUGCAUCCUUGCACUCUCUUCUUUCUUGAGUACUAGUUGUCAGUCACCCACAAUGGAAUACACAUAGGGACCAGCACUUGAAGAAGAAGAAGAAGUUAUUUACCUUACAGGUUAUUUGAGAUUUGUGGUCCCUAUCAUACAUACUACCCACUCUCCUUCCCCUCUGCUUCGGACCUUGAUUAGAUUCAUGGUAGAGAAGGAACAGGAGAGGUGGUUGGUGUACUCCAUCUUUUAUCUCCUUGGGUGGAGGCCCAAGGAAAUUAAGGGUGGCAGGGCAGAUCUUGCAGUGAGAGAGAGAGGCAAAAGAGACAAAGGUGGAGAGAGGGAGUGAAUCAACAACUAUAUCAAUGGAAGAAAGGAUGAGAAGGCUGAGAACAGAUAAGAAGUCACUGAUGUUGUAGGACGAAGUUGCGGAAGGACCAGUGACAGGGCAUGAGGGAGUUGGGGGGCAAUGGGUGAUGCUGAAAGGGAGGGAACUCAGCAACAGAGAUCAAAGAAAGCAAUGCUUGGUGAGACCAAAUUCUAUGAGUGUUCCUUUUGGUGAAUGGGAGAGUUGACUGAGGGCUGCAGAAUGAAUGAAGAGGGGAGGAAAAGAAAGUGUGCAGCUAAGGGGUUGGAUGGGUUGUUACCAUGGAAGGUGAAGUCUCUGAUGCUGAAUGUGGGAGAUUGUGAGGAGAGGAAGAGAGAGUGAGGAGUUGAGAUCAGAGAGGAAGGCUGAUGGGGAGGAGCUGGAUAGAUGGUAGGUGACAGCAAUAUUGAGGGGGAGAGGAGAGAAGUCAGAUGCAGUGCUGUUCAAAAGAAGAGAGGAGGGGGAAGGGAGGAGGGAGGUAUUGGAAACAGCAGCAAGGGGACAGGAGAAGGCCCGUACCCCACCACAGUCUGAUUCAGGGCGGGGGUGUGAGAGAAGGAGAGGCCUCUAUAAGAGAUGGCAGCUGCAGAGGGAUCCAGAUCUCUUGAAGAGCCAGGAGCUGGAGGGAGCAAGAUAGGAAGAGGUCACGGGUGGCUGAGAUCUUUGAAGAUAUGUCAUGGCGUUCCAGAGACAGCAAGAGAAGUGGAGGGGGAAUGGGUAUGAGGUUAGCAGUGUUGGCACAAGAGGGGCUGCGAGUGGGUGAGGAGGUGGACUGAGGCAAAUGUACCUGAGGUGAGGAAAAGGAUGCAGGUGUAGAACCUCACCAAGGGCAUCAGCCUUACAUACAGAACAAAUUUCCAGGGAUCAUGGCCUGGCCUUAUCCAUGGCAUACAAGAAGGGGCCUCCUAUAGCUCUGAGAAUGUGAUGAAGUGCCUGCCUACUAACAACUCCCUUGAUCCCAUGGGAAAACCUGUAUGUAGAUGUGGCGCAACCGUGUAUUAACUUUAUAACAGCUGAUCACCUGGAAAUGUCUUCUUUUUAAUCAUUUCACCGUGUUG